GCAGAGUGAUUGUGGGUGAGAGACUGAGAAACGUGCUGUGACAGAGAGGAAGAAAAAGCACAAGAGAGAUAGACAGAGCUCGUGAAAGACAAACAUAAUGAAGUGGGGAUCUCCUUAUUUGUAACAAGCCUACAGACCUAAAAAAAAAAAAAAAAAAAAAAAAAGUAAUUUGACUUUGAAUGUGAGGAGGAGUGAAGGUGGGAGUCUUUUGGAGAUCAUGGGAAGCACACAGCCUCCUGAAUCUCUAAAUAUCUCAGAGGGUUUAAACAUUUCUGUGCCCAGCUCCUCUGACGGCACUGAAGUACGGAUGGUGCUGCUGGGCAUUGUCAUGUCCAUACUUGUCCUGGCCAUCGUCUUCGGCAAUGUGUUGGUGAUUACAGCCAUCGCCCGCUUCCAAAGACUCCAGAACGUCACUAACUGCUUCAUUACAUCACUUGCAUGUGCUGACCUAGUCAUGGGAUUGGUGGUAGUUCCCUUCGGUGCCCUUUACAUAAUCCUGAACAAGUGGCACUUUGGCAACUUCUGGUGUGAAUUCUGGACAGCCACCGAUGUUCUGUGUGUCACAGCCAGUAUCGAGACGCUCUGUGUUAUUGCUCUGGAUCGCUACCUCGCUAUCACCUCACCCUUUCGCUACCAGUCCAUGCUGACCAAGUGCAGAGCACGCAACGUGGUGCUACUAGUGUGGGUCAUCGCUGGGCUCAUUUCUUUCCUACCAAUCCAUAUGAAGUGGUGGAUUUCUGAAGAUUAUGAAGCGAUAAAGUGCAAGGAGGACAUUCACUGCUGUGAAUUCGACACCAACGCUGCCUAUGCCAUCACUUCCUCCAUAAUCUCCUUCUACAUCCCACUGAUCGUCAUGAUUUUCGUCUAUAGCCGUGUGUUCCAGGAGGCAAGAAAGCAGCUGAAGAAGAUUGACAAAAGUGAGGGCCGGUUCCAUGCUCAGAACAACAACAGAAAAAAGCAGGAGGUGGUAAGCAGCGGAGGGGUUGUAGACAGCCAAUGUGAGGUGAGGAACAUCAAGAAGCCUAAGUUCUGCUUGAAAGAACAUAAGGCUUUGAAGACUUUGGGCAUCAUCAUGGGCAUCUUCACAUUGUGUUGGCUGCCUUUCUUUGUACUAAAUGUGGUGAGGGUCAACUAUAAGGAAAACUUGCCAUACAGAAUCUUAAACUGGAUAGGCUACGCUAACUCAGCCUUCAAUCCAUUGAUCUACUGCAGGAGUCCAGAGUUCAGGUAUGCUUUCAAGGAGAUCCUAUGCCUCAAUAGGUCACGCUACCCUAAUGUGAGGCCAGCUAAUGGAUAUGUAUAUAGUGGGCAUAGCUGGCAAAGUGAACACAAAGGGCGAAGCAAAGGCAGUUCAGACGACAGUGACCCAGCUGGGAACAACUCAGGUAAAGACGGAUAUGUGACUGUAGAUACAACUGACUCUAAUGGGAACUGCAGUAAAAGCCUAAUGAGUGUGUUAUAAUUCUCCUUGCAAUUCCUGACUCGUUCCACUUCUUAGUAUAUCACAUUAAGAAAGGUUAUGCCUCCUCUGGUAAUUGGGCAAGGGUGAGAGCAUGCUAGGGAUGUUUCAUGGGGGGAAACGGGCAUUUUCUACCUCAUUUUGUAAUGUUUUCUCUCCAGCCUUCACUUGCUUUAUCAGUUUAUUAUGCCAUGACACUGUUAGUUCACUAAAAAAGCAGUUGCUUCGACCACAAAAAAACAAAAACAAAAAAAAACCAGCACUCCGGCUUUACUUUAAACGAUCGUGUAUUGGCAAAUGUUUCUGGUCAUUGUGAGUUUAUAUAAGCAGUGUUAAUGACGCAGUGACACAAAGGAGGAGACGCACGCUUACUCUGUUUCUGUGGAGUGAUCAAAUAAUGAAACGAAGUCUCAGUGUUUUCAAUCAUGAAAAAAUGAGGGCUCAUGGGUUUAAUAAAAGACCAUUAAAAUGAAAGUUAAUGAAUUAGGACAGCAAUAUUUUACUAUUGUAAAAUAUAAUAUAAAUAUAAAAACAUAUAAAUAUAUAUAUAUUUUUUUUUUUUUUUUUUUUUUAAUAUAGCCUAUAAUAUAAAAUACAGGAGUUCCAAAACAACAGUGUAAAUGUAAAACUGACCAAAACCAAAGUUGACCAAAACAAGAGACACAUUUUAAGUAUUUAGAAAUAUUUUGAUAUUUAAAACAUUAUUUUUCAUGCCUUAAAAGGAAAUCAUAUAUACAUAUUUUUAUUUGAUUUAUAUCUUUAAAUUUAAAUAUGAAAUAUGACAAUUUAUAUAACAAUUAAUCAUGAAAGCCCUAAGAGAGACAAUUAAUCAUCAUAGCCCUAAAACAGACAAUUAAUCGUCAUAAUUGCAAUUAUUUGUCUGACAAUUAAUCGUCAGCCAGAUUUCAUAAUCAUGACAGCCAUAACAUGCAACGCUUCACAAGAAGUUUUAGUUUCCCUCUUGCAAAGCAGGUCAUUUCAUUUACAGUUCCUUUGUUUUGAAUACAAUCACUGCACUGCAAUGCAAUAAAAACCUGUCUUUACACCAAAAUUUUAUUUUGCACUUGCCACAGCUCUGUCAUGUUCUGUUUUGUGUUGGCAUGAGUUGACAAUCUGAACAAAAGGGCUGGGUUAAAAAUGACCCAGCAUGCAAGAAACACUCUUAUCACAGUGAAAGAGGGGGAAAAACCUUCAUGGUCAAAUACGCUUGCUGAAGGAAAUUGCAGAACGCUGUGGUUCUGUCUUUCAGUCAUGCUAUUGCUGAGCAUCCUUAAAUGGAAGUCACUAAAUAUAAAUUGAUACCGUUUAUGCAGUAUUUUUACAGAAUAAACAAAAAUCUAUGUCUCUUGGUUAUAACACAGAACUCCUUUGGUGGCCUGUUAUGAUACUACUCAUGUCAUUUCGGGUCUCUCUAGAGGCGCAGGCCUGAAUGCUGCCAGAUACUCUGUAUUUACCCUGGGAGUGUUCUUAACGUUCUCCUGUACAACUGAGCAAAAUCCAACAAGCCUCUGAUAUUCUGUGUUUAUCAAAGACAAUAUGUGACUCCUCCCCAAAAAAAUAAUCUAGAAAGAUAAAUAAAUUAGGAUGUAUCUAGUUUCCUAUCUACAAGCAAUGAUAGGCACAGCUAACGCAUGUAGUGCAAACACAGUCAUUUUCCUGUUCACCACUAACUCAAAUUUCUGACCUAGGCGUCUAAUCUAAUGUUCCAUACACAUCAACAACUCAGUGUGGUGAAGAGUUUAAAUUCUUGUCAGUGUUUGUGAACUAUUAAUUUAGGGCAAGCGGAUUUCUGUAAGCCUGUUCUGCAGCCUGCUUACACUGUCGAAACUGUGAACUAUGUUCUUUAGAAAGUCUCUUCAUAUCAGUUAUGGCUUCUUUGUGGUCUUGUUUGAUGUUAUAGCAACUUAUGUUGUGCGUAUUGCAAAGCGCUUUAAAUAUUUCAGACAUUUAUGUGUUUACUUUCCAUGGGGAAAAUGUAUUGUGAUAAAACAAUAUUUCUAUUUUAUGGAAGCAUUGCACCAAAGUGCAGUUUAAAACUAGCUUUUUAAGGGGAUGUAUUGUAAAUCUAUCCAAGCAUUUACAUUGUUAAUAUAAAACAAGCAUUGUCAGUGUAUCUCUAAAUAUUUAAAAGACCUUAGAGAUUAUAACAAUGCUGGUCUUGUGGAUGUCCUUGUUCAGGAUAUGAAUGUGACAGCUUGGACAGAUUUGAUAACACUGCACCCUUCUGGGAAAGUUUCUUUCUGCAGGUAGCUCAACUGCCCACAUUAAACUUUUGACCUGCAAUCUUGUGCUAAAUUGUUUUUAUUAAUAUAUUUGUGCAAUCUUUGUCAUGAUGGUAGUGAUGUGGUCUACUGUUGUGUUAGAACUGUAUAUUAAUGUUGCAUUUUCUGUGGAUAUGCUUAUCUUUAAUGAGUACAGUGUUUACAUUCAUAAAUGUCUUUCUGUUAGAUAUGGUUUAUGUUAACUGGCAGGCUAAAUGUCAUGAACUGAUCUAUGCAAUGUUCUGGAGUUUCAGAAUCAGAACCCUAUACAUCCCGUUGAUGUCACGCAAGAUGUCACAAAGUGCAUUAAAGAUGCACAGAGUACUUUGUUCCAACUUAAAAAUUUUGCACUUAAAAAAUGAAUGGUUAUUUUGACAUCUACGUUUAAAAUAUGUGCACGCACAUAAAAUGACAUCUCCAGUCAUAUCAGUGGCCUGUUUUAUUCGAUGUAAGUGUUAUGGUGGAAGCCAUGUUGAGAUCACCAGCCGAAGACUACUCACUUUGGCUAUGUUCGGAAAAGUAUACUGCCUUACUAUUCUUACAAUUUCUGCAGUAUUGUAUAUAGUUGUAUAGUAGUAUGCUUUUCUUUAUCAUGGUAACCCCUUAAAGUCAGACAAUUUUGGUUCUAGAAUAAAUUAAUCAUGUGGUCAAUUUGUUUUUGUUUUUUUGUUGUUUUUUUUAAAAGGGUAAUUCUAUGGCGUAUGUAACUAAAAACUUGUGCUUUGCUUGAUGUCGCAGUCACACCAAUAGGUGUCAGUGUACAUUUCCAAGACUACUGUUGAAUUAUCCAGCGAAACGAACAAAAAUUACUUAGUGCACCUUCCAUGAACUGUGUCUAUACAGCUGUACAGAAAGAGAAAGAAUAUUAUUAUUUAUUUAUUUUUUUCAGUUCUGACAAGAAAAAGUGGUGUUCCAAUUAACCUUCAACAGUUUACCUACAUAGUUUUGAAACAGACAUUUUGGAAAAUUUUGCUCUACAAAUUUGUAUGGGAGGAGAUUAUCCACAUUUGUUAGUACAGACAUGGUGUGGACAGCUAAUUCACUGAUGCAUUAAUAUGUGAUUAAAAAUGUCCUAAAUAUUGCCUUAAUGACAAUAUUAUAACCGAUUUUAAAAUUGCAAUGUCAACACUUGGUUAAGCCUUUUAGCUUUUUAAAACCUUUUAGGAAUGCUUAAUUCAUGGCAUGUGUACUGUAUAUAAUGCUGUAUCAGUUUGAUGUUUACUUUGAGCAACUUUCGCACAAGAUUUAUCACUGUUUUGUUGAACUCGUGAAGUAUGUUCAGCUAUAUUUAUUGUUCAGAGGUAUGAAAUACAAGUGUCAUGCCAUUUGUAUUCUGUAAUAAAUUAUGUAUUUAAUGUA